UCUUAACUUAAUCAUGGGCGACUCUUGCUCUCUGCUAGUCAGAGAGCUGUCAAGCGUCGGCGAACCACCACCGGAGGAUUUCAGUGCGGCAGCUCUUGCUACUUACAUACAAGAAGUUUCUAGUCCAGUUCAGGAAUCAGCUGUGAGCGGUUUAGUAGGAAACGCAGCUGAAGAUCCUGGUACACGAUUUACUAGUACUUCUAGUUACUUGACAAUUUAUGAUAUAUUGAAUACGGGUCGUACCCAUACUAGUACAAGACCGUAUACAGAAACAUAUUUGAGCGAAUUACAUACCGGGAGACAUUGCAGAAAACGGUUACCGAUUUCAAUAUGUCUUUCCGUGAAUAUCAGUGCUGGUACGUCUACCAAAAUGUUACUUUAUGAUAAUGACAAUGUUUGGAAAUUUGCUGGCACCAUUGCACCCUCAAGACAUGAAGAUGGAUCUACACUAUUGAUUGAUCAAUCAAAAGUGCAGUGUGCAUAUGCUAUAAAAGACGAAGAAGGGAAGCAGAAAGAAGUUCAAGAGUUUCUAGAGUUUAUUGCUCAUCAACUGAAACUGAACAUUGAUGGUAGUAAAUCGACCAUAUUUAAAGUUUCUCUUAUGUAUCGUAUUCCAACUAGUGGAUCUGAUUUAUAUGAGCAAGUUGUUUGCCUUCGUGGCCAUCUGUUUCUUAUCGGUUGCAAAUCCACAAUAUUGAUGUACAACAGUAAGGAUGGGCAGCAACGUCUACUGCGUCUUUCAUCUCCAUUCAAAUUGCACAAGCUGACUACAGCUUGCGGGAGAUGCUUUGGCAUGUUUGAUUAUAAUGGGAGAAUGAGCCUACAGGAAUAUGAAGUUGAAAGCAAUACGUGGCAUCAUAUCAGCUAUUUGCCAAAGUCAGCAAAAUACGGUACUCUAGUUGCUGACGAAGAAUACCUUUGUAUCAUUGGUGGCAUCUACACAGAUCAAAAGGGUCACUCAAAGCCACUCGAUUGUAUUCAAUAUUACAGCUUUCGUUCACAGAUGUGGAUGAAGACCCUCACCAUGUCGAAGCCACGUCACAGCUGCAUGGCAGCAAUAAGCCAAUCGGUUGUUUAUAUCAUGGGGAAAGAUGGCAUUUUGGAAGCAGUCCCUUUAUCUGCUAGUCCAAGGGUUAUUUCACAGCCAAUGCCUUUACCACGACUUCCAUUUAGAUCACCUCAUAAGCUCUUUUCAAUCCAUCGGCAGCUGUUUGCUUUAGGAGAAGGUAGCAAUUCCGUCUAUGUUCUGUACCAGCCUUCAAACAAGCAGCAGUUAAUCUGGAUGCCUCUUGUCAACAUGCCAAGCAAUUUCCAAUGUUUAGAGGCCUGUUUUAUCGAUGAUUUUUCGGCAGCACUAUUCGGCAUUGAAGAUCACAACCCAAAUGAGAUGGCUGCUAUCAGUAUCUAUACCAUCGACUGGUCCCAUAAUUACAACUAGAAAAACUGGGACUCUAUUAUUAUCUUAAUUUGCUGUUGUGGUGGCUAAUUAUUUGAUGUAUUGGCUGAUUUGCUUUUAUAUAGUUUAUGCGCAUGCUUAGGUAUUGAAGUGGGCUAGUUUUAUCAAAGCUUGUGGGUGAUUGUAGGUUAUUUUGUUAGUCCUUAUGGGCUCUUUAAGUGUGAUUGGCUGUGUGCUUGCAUAACUAUCUGCGGUAUUUUAGUUUUGCUAUUGUUUUACUGUCUAUAUAGCUGCUGAUAAUCAGAUGCCAUGUUUAUGUGGCCACCAUUUGCAAUAAAUUGUGCUAUGAUUUGCA